CCCGCGGUGAUGCUGCAGCAGCCGGGCCGGGGGCGGCGGGCGGGCGGCGAGCUGCCGGGCGGCCAGGAGCCCAGCCGCGGAGAGGGAUGCCUGCCGUCUGACCACAGGGACGCCCACCAGCCCUGCCGACAUGAUCCCGCCCACGAGCAGCGCCCCUCCGGGAGAGGCCCUCUUCCCCAGCUUGCCACCUCAGGACACCUGGAGGUCUCAGAUCUCGGGCUACUCGGGGUCGGUGACUCGUCACAUCAGCCACCGGGCCAACAAUUUCAAACGACACCCCAAGAGGAGGAAGUGCAUUCGGCCCUCUCCGCCCCCGCCCCCCAACACUCCGUGUCCCAUUGAGCUGGUGGACUUUGGGGACCUGCACCCCCAGAGGUCCUUCCGCGAGCUGCUGUUCAAUGGUUGCAUCCUCUUUGGUAUCGAGUUCAGCUACGCCAUGGAGACGGCCUACGUGACCCCCGUGCUCCUCCAGAUGGGCCUGCCCGACCAGCUCUACAGCCUGGUGUGGUUCAUCAGCCCCAUCCUCGGAUUCCUGCUGCAGCCUCUGUUGGGUGCUUGGAGUGACCGAUGUACCUCAAGGUUUGGAAGGAGACGCCCCUUCAUUCUUGUCCUGGCUAUAGGGGCACUGCUGGGUCUCUCGCUCUUGCUGAAUGGCAGGGACAUCGGCCUUGCCCUGGCUGACACGGCCAGCAAUCACAAGUGGGGGAUCCUCCUGACCGUGUGCGGGGUGGUGCUGAUGGACUUCAGCGCGGACUCGGCAGACAACCCCAGCCACGCCUACAUGAUGGACGUGUGCAGCCCAGUGGACCAAGACAGAGGCCUCAAUAUCCACGCCCUCCUGGCGGGUCUCGGAGGAGGGUUCGGAUACGUGGUCGGGGGAAUCCACUGGGACAAAACCGGCUUCGGGAGAGCCCUGGGGGGCCAGCUGCGCGUCAUCUACAUCUUCACCGCCGUCACCCUGAGCAUCACCACCGUGCUGACCCUGAUCAGCAUCCCAGAGAGGCCCCUGCGGCCCCUGGGCGAGAAGAAGACGGCCAUGAAGAGCCCCAGCCUCCCGCUGCCCCCCUCCCCGCCGGUGCCGCUGGAGGAGGGGGCCGGCGACGCCCUCCCCUCCCAGGCCACCAGCUUGUACGCCAGCUUCUCCAGCCCCAUCUCCCCGCCCAGCCCCCUCACGCCCAAGUACGGCAGCUUCAUCAGCAGGGACAGCUCCCUGACCGGCAUCAGCGAGUUCGCCUCCUCCUUCGGCACCUCCCACAUCGACAGCGUCCUCAUCGACUGCUUCACCGGAGGCCACGACAACUACUUGGACCUUCCUGGCAGUGUCCCCAGGCAGGCCAUCAGCGUCAGCUUCCCUCGGGCCCCCGACGGCUUCUACUGCCAGGACCGGGGGCUGCUGGAGAGGAGGGAGGUCGCCCUGGCCUCGGGCUCGGACAGGGACGUGCUGCGGGUGGGCUCCCUGGACACCUCCAAGCCCAGGGCCUCCGGGAUUCUGAAGAGACCCCAGACCUUGGCUCUGCCGGAGGCGGCUGGAGGGGGCGGCCCCGAAACCAGCAGGAGAAGGAACGUGACCUUCAGCCAACAGGUGGCGAACAUCCUGCUCAACGGCGUGAAGUACGAGAGCCAGCUGACGGGCUCGGGCGAGCCGUCGGAGCGGCCCCUGUCGCUGCGCAGCCUCUGCUCCACCAUCUGCAACAUGCCCAAGGCGCUGCGCAGCCUCUGUGUCAACCACUUCCUGGGCUGGCUCUCCUUCGAGGGGAUGCUGCUCUUCUACACGGACUUCAUGGGCGAGGUGGUGUUCCAGGGGGACCCCAAGGCGCCACGCUCGUCGGAGGAGUACCAGAAGUACAGCAGCGGCGUGACGGCCGGCUGCUGGGGUCUGUGCAUCUACGCCUUCAGCGCCGCCCUCUACUCAGGUAGGCGCGUCCCCGCGCUUCACAGGCAGACGCAGAGUCCCGCCCCGGGUGGGCUGGGGAGGCCUCACCGCUGUCUUCUUUCAGUCCCCCAGCAACUGCUGGGCCUGCAGGGCCUGCAGGCCACACUGUCCUGGGCCCCAGGUGGGCCCUGGUGGGUGCAGGUCAACCUGUGGGCAUCAGACCUCCAAAGAGCGGGUGGCCUGAGGGGGACAGGUGCCCGUCUAGGCCUGACUAAGCCGGGGCCAAGGGCAAGUGGGGACAGGAACGCACCUGGGGCCACCCCAGCAGCUGGGCUGCAUGACCCACCCACGUCCUUCCCCGGGCGUCCAGCAGCAGCGGGCCCAGAGGGCAGUGGGGCUGGAGGGGCCGUGCAGCUCGGUGAGGGGCCUGUGGGCGACAGGAGAGCCCUGGGAGUGGGCGGCGUGCCGAGUGAGCACAGGCCGCCCGUCCCCAUCCUGCGGAUCUGGCUGCGGUGGACGCCGGCACGUGUCCUCUCAGGGUCUGCACGCUGUCUGCAAAAGGCCACACGCAAGUACCUCCAGCUCUCUAGGCCAAAGGUCCGAGCCCUCUUGGCUUGGAAGCAGCCUUGGACGGUCUGCAGCUGAGUGGCCGUGGCCCAGUGCCGGGAAACCUCGCUGCUCCCCGAGGUGUGGCGUGCAUGGGAUUGUCAUGUGUCCCGAAAUAUUUGUCUUCUUUAGAUUUUUUUUUUUUUUUUAAGCUUUUUGGGAAAAUAAAGCUACUCUUAGCUCCGGGGCCAUGCAAAGGGGGCUGCAGGCUGCCCCGUGCCGGGCUUUAUUUUCCCCACAGUGAGGCCGAGCUCGAGAGGCCAGCCGCUGCUCUCCAGGGCGGACAGAGAGGCUACUAGGAAGGAACUGGCAGCAGGGAUCCCUUAGCCCAGGGCCUCCUGGAAGGGACAGGGGAAGGUUCUAGGACUUCUUAGGAGCACUGCCAGGCUCUAAGUGUCAGGGACCCCUGGAGCCUUGACCCGUCUGUGGGUCGCUUCGCCACGGGAGAGCUACGUUCCCGCCCUCAUUCCUCCAAGGGUUUUGGAAUGGGCUCUGAGUUUUCUUUCGUGACAUAUACCAAGCUCUCUGGCAAAAUUAAAAAGGAAAGAAUGAGAGAGAAGGAAG